AAUGGUUCACCUAGAAAACAGAACAAUGGAAUGACCCAUACUCUAAAACAUAAAGGACACAGACAAAAAUCCAAGGCUCGGAUGCUAUUGAAACUUUAAAAUAAUAAAACUUUAAACAGCGCUUGAGCAUGUGAUACUUAAAGGAUUAAGAUAAGAAAUUGUGUAAUGUUGCAAGGAACUGUUGACACAUGUGUAUCAUUGUAAAGCGAGAUAUUCUUGUAAAAUAGGACUUGGGGAAACUUGGAACGAUUUCCCCUCAAAGACUUUCAUCGCAGGCUUUAAAACAACCACAUAUUAGCCUGGGUUCAGAUAUGAUAUGAUCGUUAAUUGGAGGAUAAAACCAUGAAUGACUCCAGAACAGGCAAACGCAAGGUUUUUUCACUUCCUUCUCCAAGAAAAGAUAAACUUGGAAAGAUACCAGAAAAAGACUCAAUAACAAAACUCAAGCAGACAGACAAUGCAACCGUAAACAUCAGUCGCAAUUACACCACAUUGUUGGAACAAGUUACAGAGCAACCAGUGCCCCAGUUAAGCUUCGUAAGGCAAAGAACAAAUGUCAGUCUACUACACUGUAGUCAGAACACCAAACGCAGACCCAAUAGAAAGGCAAACCCAGUUCCUCCAAGUCAGAUGUUAAAUCAAUUGUUGAUUGGGAAAGAAAACAUGACAGGUAAUAAAGUGAAAGAUGUAGAAAGUUCCUAUAAACAGCUUGAAGACUUGUACAAUGAAACCAUAGAGAAACUGACUUGCCCCGAAAAUGAAAAUCUCAGCUUUCUUGAACUUUUCAAAUUACUAGUAGACCUCUAUGAUGCAUCAAAAAAGGCAACUGAUGAACUGUCUAGCAAAAAUAAAGAUUACAAUGAGAAAAUUACAGAGCUUGAACAACGGAUAUCAGAGAAUGCAGAAUUUUAUCAAAAAGAACGUGGGAAGCUUAAAAACCAACUUGAUGAAAAAGAUGUUGAGAUUCAAAGGCUUUGGAGAAAAAAUGAGAGGUUGAUUACAGAAAAGCAAGAGCAAUCAGAGAGAUUGAAAAAGCUUGAGAAAGAAUUGGACCAAAAAGAUACAAUGUCCAAAGAUGUGUGCCCAGAAUGUCAGCUGAAGAGCCAGAUGAAAUCUUGCAGUGAGCUAGAUACCACUGACUCCAUGGCUAUAGCUCUAAACAUUAUAGAGAUAAUGAAACAGCCACAAACAUCUAACUUUAUGAGAUCAAAUGGCAGUCUUCCUACCAAUGAAUUCAGAAGUCAACUUGUAAGGAAAGAUAGUGAAAUAUUGGAGAGUAUGGAAUCCCCAAGACCCCUGUCUUCUAGAGCAAGUAUUUUAAGUUCUGAAUUGAAUGUUUCAAGAAACUCAUCUGCCAAAAGCUGUAGGAUAAAGUCAUCAAAACAGAGCAAAACAAAAACUACUUCCAUUAAACAUUUGGACCCCUGGAUGGCUAAUUCUGAAAAAUCGGGCUCCUCCAUGCCAUUGAACUCUCGAAGCAACACAGAGAUUUCAUUUUGCAGCUCUCAUAUUAGUUUUGCCAACCAAUCAGCAGCCAGUUUAAAUGGACAUUGGUCAAGAGAGAGUAGUGGAGAGAGUAGUGAUUUAUCAUUUGCAAACAGUCCUUGCACUAUGUAA